AUGUUCAUCGACCAAUGUCUUCCUCCCAAACCUCAAUUUUCUGUAAAUGAGCUUCCUGAUCUCUCUGAGCAGUCACCAUUGUUACGGGCGCUAACACCGGCCAAGGUUACGGUCAAAGCUCUUCUUGGGCACAAUGCAAAGGUCUACUUUGUUUGCCACAGUGAGGAAAACGCCCGUGCCGCAAUGGCUGAGUUGCGCAAUGAAACCGGACGAGAGGGGCUCUUCCUACAGGUCGAUUUCGCAGAUCUCAACUUUAUCAAGCACGCGGCCGAUGACUUUACGAGGUGA